AUAAAACUCUGUGGUUGAGGUUUGACUAUUUGUGAAUUGUGAUUGACUGAUUGCUUUAGAGGUUUCAAAUUGUAAACCUUUGCAAAAACGGAAACUAAUUUCGAUCGUUUCAAUAGUUAAGGGUUAUGUAAAUGUAUCAUAUAAUUUUUUUCUUAUACUCAUUUGAUGUAUUUUUUACGUCAAAUAGUGAAUUUAUAGUGGCCGUAUUUGCAUGUUGCAAGUUUUACUAUUAUUAAGAUUUUAUACUCAUAUAUACUAUACUCUUUUUAGUAGUAUUUUAUUCGCGUACUUCGGUUUGUACGUAAUAAUAAAGAUUAAUAUUGUCCUUCAGUUUAAUAAAUUAAUAUAGUAUAACCUAAUGGAAAAUCAAAGAGGUUCUUCUGAUGGUGAAGAUAUUCCGAGUGAUUUCUUCGAUGAUUUCAAUAAGGAAGAAUUUAUGGAAGGUCUUAGUGUGAUCGAUAGUUGGGACGAUGAAGACAAAAAAGCGGUCGGUUCACGGGCGCGAAAUAUAAAUUUAGCAGUCGAUAACGUUCGGGAUUUAAGGGAAUUAAUAGUUAGACAAGAGGACGACACCAGAGAAGACAGGUCAAAGUGGAGGCGAAAUAGGUCUCCUUCUCAUAACCAACAAAGUAGUCGACAUAGACCUGAAAGUGAUCACUUGGAUGACUAUAUUAAGCCUGGCAGUAGACGCGAUCCAAACAAGACAAACGAAGCCAUUAGAAGAGAUAAAGAAGUAAAAGUAAAGGAGUACUUAGCUAAGCAUUUAGAGUCUGGUAGUGACUUAUGUCCACCUGGAACUGAACUUGAAGACUAUUUUGAAGAUCAUAAAACUGUUCAAGCCAAAAAACGUUUAUCUGUUAAUAAAAGUGAUGCCAUUUCACCAGUUAGAGAACAUCGCUUUAAGCAUGCGCAUUAUAGUGGUGAUUCUCCCAUGAGGCGGCGAGACUCGCCUCCAAGAUAUAGGCGUAUGCAUGGUAGCCCACGACGACCACAUCAUAGUCCACAUAGAACGAUGCGGUCCAAUAUACGAUAUCAUAGUCCAUACAAAAAUAUUCGUAAAUAUCAUAGAUAUAGUCCUCGAAGAGUAAGUCCAGAAUACCGUCGAGAUCAUCGAUCAAGAUCACCAUACAAGCGAUAUCGUCAUCAGUCACGAUCACGAUCACGUUCACCUGAUCGAAGACAUGAAAGAGAAGAACAUCAUCGAUCGCAGUCAUCGAACAAUAAAUCAGGGAGAGAUGAUUUCCUUUACCCCAAGGAUUAUCUUCCCCCACCUGAAUAUUCCUGUGUUAAAACUGAAAUGCCCUACCAGGUUGAACCAGAACCACAGUACUCUAAUCCCGUCCCUGUUAAGUAUGGAGAUGCACCUAAUUAUUCCUAUACACAGGUUCAAGGGUACAGUGGUUAUGGAAUUCCAUAUGAAUAUGGAACUCAACCAACUCCACCAAUUGUUAUGCCAGUUCCUCAACCUGUACCACCCCCAAUCAUUCCCCCGACAUCCUCAGAUCCGUCACUUUUUAACCCCGUUCAACCAACUGCAAGCAUUCCUCCACAGCACAUUGUUUUACCGGCUAUGACAAAUCAAUCUGCAAUCCAAAAUAUACCAGACUCUAUGCAGAGUACACAAAUUGAUGCCUUAGCAAAACUGGUUGCAGAUGGCAAAUUAUCACGUGAAGACUAUUUGAAGUUGGCUCCUAAUAAAGGUUUAUGCCAAUCUAUGGAUACCCAUGCAAGAGUAGCUGUUUUGAACCGCUGCCACAACGCCAUGUCUAGGCUUGGCAACAUUAUGGUGCCAAAUCAACUGUUAAUAAAUAACAGUCUUAUUGGCCCUGAACGAAAACAAAUUGCUCCAAAGUUUUGUUCACCUCUCAAGCGUCAAGAAACUAUGGAUUUUCACUUCACCAAACAUGAUUCAUCAGCAGUCGCUCGGCAGAACAAGCUCAUCGUAGAUUCUAUCAUAGCUACGCUCGACAUCGAGAAGGUUGUUGGAAGAACGAAAAAGAUGCAGAAGGAUACGAAGGACGCAGCGGUGCAAACUACAAGGCCUUUCUGUGAUGUGUGUGAGAUUCGUGAAAAUACAAAGUUUAGAAAUGCCGAAACAUCAAUCGAUCGUGAACAAUUUUCAUGUACAGUUCAUACGCAGGUUGAAGAACAACGUUUGGUUAGCUCGAAAUCUAUGUUCAACCCAACUGGUGGUAUAGCUGAAGGUGCGAAUAUUUCGAUUGCUCACAUGACUCCUGCGCAACUUGUUUCACAGCUUGCAGCACGAGCCAAGACAUUGAAGCAGACAGAACCAGCACACUCAUCGUCCCAAUUCCGUCAUACGCAAGGUUUCGACUACGACGACAGAGGGAGUGAUAAACAAUAUCGCAAUCAUUACAACUAUCGCUAUUAAAUGUUAAAGCGGAAACGAAGUCUCGAUUGUAAGCUUUGUAGCUGAUUAUUAUAGAUUCCAAUUAUAAUAAAAGUUUGAGGAUUUUGUCCUUGAAUUAAAACAACGAGAUUUUUGUUUGUGCUGAAUUUUAUUACUUUGUAUUAUAAUUUAUCAUUAAUUUCGUCACAAUAUUAUGUAAUCCUAAUAUGAAUUUCUUUGUAUAUUAUCUUAAUAAAUUAUUUUUAUUCUA